AAUGUGUGGUAAUAUGCGAUAAAUGAGGGGCAUGGCAUGCAUUUCUAAAGCACAUGAAAAAAUAUUCAACUAUAAGACUGAUCAAUGGUAAGCGUGUUGUAAGCUUCACCUUUACGAGUUCAUCUCUAUAGAUUGAGAAACAGGAGUUGAAGGAACUGGGACCAUUUCUGGGAACUCAGAAUGUAAUGGUAAAAUAGAUUGACCAAUUUAAAUAGCUUCAUUUCAGGUGUUUGGAAUUUCCCGUAGGAUCCCAGAACAAUUUGUUCAUUACAUAAUAAGGUGACACCUUUCUUGGCUUUCUAUAUAUAAAGCAACCAUGGCUAGUGACUGCUCAGAGAGAUCCACAGACAUUUGGAUCAACCUUUGGGAGACAACCCCAACAUUAUACCAGGUUCCACUUUUUCCAGACAGGCUUGACCAUGUAUUUCAAGGGAGCGGGCCCUGUUCUCUUUGCACUCCUGGCCAUUGCCUUCAUUGUUGAGACCUAUGCCGCCGACUAUAAGACGUUCCUAGAGCACCACUACGACGGCCCCAAGAGCAACGUGGGGAAGAAUUACUGUGAUACCAUGAUGCAAAGACGUGGGAUGACCAAACCCAACUGCAAGCCGGUGAACUCCUUCGUCCAUACCACCAAGAAUAAUCUCAAAGGUGUAUGUGGCAAGGGGGGGAAGGCUAUCGCCAACGGGUUGCGGCGUAGCAUCAAGCAGUUCUCUGUCACUACCUGCAAGCACCAAGGUGGCUCAACCCGCCCGCCUUGUAAAUACAGAGAGAACAAGUCCAACAGAUUCAUUGAUGUCCGUUGUGCAGGGAAUCUGCCUGUUCACUAUGAUCAAGGCCAUAUCUAACCAUGUGAAGCUGUCGAUGUUAAGCUUCACAUGCCUCAUGCAAGAAUGAUUGAGCCAUUUCCUACAAAUUCAUAGAAAAAUGAUCUUUGCUUUGUUAAUCCAAGAGAUUAUUUUAACUAAUGUUGAUUUACUGUAUCCUUUUUUCCUGCUUCUCUAUCUCUGUGCCAUCUUUGCUUCCAUUUCAUUUUUCCAUACUGAAACUAAAAACGCAUACGAAAACAAAGCCACCAUCCUGUGUUUCCUUGUACUAAGCCAUCCCUGUUGUCCUGUUGAUUGCUGCUGAAUAAAUGAACUAGGAAAGGCC